CCGAAAGCGGGCUCAACAACCGUGAACGUCGUUGUAGUGUACAAUCGAUGUCUUCAACACACCAACAUUACACUACAGAUGCGACCUAUAUUCCCUGGUUGCGACUUUAUGUCCUACUUAUUGCGCUGGCACUCGCGGUCAUUUUUGGUUCGUCUGGGACAACCCCCCCCGCUCAGUCAAGAGCCGAUCUCCCACUCCGAUUCCGCGACACCCACCUUCCCAGGCGUCCAUCAACCUUUUUUACCCGAACGGUGUAUUACAUUGCACACCGACUCCCAAUUAAUUCGCCUUCCUGCUUGCUCGCACACUGAUCCUUAGAUAUUGCUGUCCGCACUCAUGCAUACAUCCCUUAAACGGCCAUAAAAGCUCUUUGUGCGUCAUCUUUUACCACCGAAUUGGCAGAUCGAACGGGUGAGAGAGAUUUGUAUCUACACCAUUUCACCAGCCCAGCCCCAGCCCCAUUCCAAUCUUGUACCAUACACACAAACCAAAUGAAAGAAUCCAUCAUUCUGACCCUCUCCAUGUUACGUGGCUACACCCAUCUGGAACCAACCAGAGGCCGAUUUCCACUUCAGCUCCCCCAUUUGACUUGUUCACCAUGUUCAACAAAUUGUGCAAAAAGCUCCAAGUGGACAUCGAACAAGCCAGAACCGAAGCCACCAUUUGUAUUGUGAGUACAUCAGGGUUUCAAUGUAAACGACCGGCGCACGUCCCUAG